CAAAGCCACAUUUGGUUCACGGCGAACGUGAUUUGGUUAAACUUCGGAAAAUUAACGCUGUUUUUCAGUUUAGUUGGGGCUGCUGGGCAAGAGUGACUGCCUGUGGCUAACCGGGCCGAUCUAGGCUUCUGUGGACUGGACCGUGAUCGUUUUGUGUUGUUUCUCGACUGGAACAUGCUGUGAACGUAAGACGAUGAGCCUGAGCAAAUUCAGAACUCGUAAGCGAUAUCUUGAGCCCGACGCAUGGGAUGAACCGUUACCAAGAUCAACAGAACAUGAGAUAAGAAAAAGGGUGCUCGUGUCUCCAAGUGUUCCCUGUCCACGCCAUAAUUCGGGGUGCCCAAACCCUGCGACUGCUUCGACUACUCGUGGAGCAUCGGACAGCAGCUGCGGAGAUGAACCAAACAACCACUCGAGAUCUGAAGGGAGUGGUCCGUCGCCCGUAGUUAUAGACGAUGAUCCAGGAGAUCACUCGGCUGCUGAAGACAGCGGUUCGGAGCCCUACGAUGAAGACGAACAUCACUCUUCAACCGAUACCCAUCCAGGCACCAGUUCUGCCAGCUCCCCGUUCUUGCUGGAGUUUGUGACCCCUCUUCGAGAUGGAAGCUCCAUGUCUGUAGGAGACGUCCUUGUCCUCAUCAUAGACAUAGCGAUAAAGCAUGACUUGGAAUGGACGGCCAUAGAGGACCUCCUAAAGUUUGGAAAUAUUCUGUUGGGAAAGAAUGUUCUUCCAGAGAGCAAAUACUUGUUCAGGAAGUUUUCUGGAGCUUCACCGGAAGAGAUGCAGUUCCACUUCUACUGCCCUACUUGUGAUCAACUGCUGACGAAAACUGGAGGAAAGCUACCAGAGCGCAACAACAUAUCGAGCACGUGUUCGACAUGCGGAAAGCAUUACGUUGGUCGCCAGUUAAUGGCAAACGGGAACUUUUUUGUUAGCUUGCCGCUGGAUAAGCAAUUCACCUCUCUCCUUGCGGACACUACUGUGAGAGAGCAGCUCUUGGAGUCAUUGAGCCGCACAAAGGCACCAGAAAACACUGGUGUAUCGGACAUCACCGACGGCUCUUUCUACAAGCAACAGCGAGAGAAGCUUAACUGCAGAAAACAGGACCUGACGCUGACCAUGAGUGCAGACGGGAGUCCGAUGUUUAAGUCGUCAAACUACUCCAUCUGGCCCGUGCACUUCACCCUGAACGAGCUGCCACCACACCUGCGCUGGCGCAACGUCAUUUGUUCUCUCCUGUGGUACGGUACGAAGCACCCAAAUAUGACGCUGCUCCUUCAAGCGUUCGCCGACCAGAUGAGGGAGCUCUCCAGGGAUGGAAUAUCCUGGAAUGCAGGUGGCCAAGAUAUACAUUCAAAGGUCUACUGCAUAACCAGUGUCGCAGACGCUCCAGCGAGGGCCUCUAUGCAGAACUUGGUGCAGUUCAACGGGUACUAUGGCUGUGCUUGGUGCUUACACCCUGGAGUUUUCGUCGAAGGCAGCGUGAAGUACCCGGUGACAGUAGCUGUUGAUGACAGGACAGAGGCUUCUAUGUUGUCUGAUAUGACAAGUGCAGCAGCGACAAGCCACGCCGUCAACGGGGUUAAGGGGCCAUCGCCUCUCAUCAAUGUUCCGGGAUUCGACAUAGUUUGGAGUUUUCGGCCCGAUUAUAUGCACUGUGUCCUCCUUGGUGUUGUGCGUCAGGUCACCGAAAUCUGGUUCUCGAACGUCGGCGAGGACCAUUACAUAGGGGCCCCUAGGACUUUGGCUGUGGUGGACCAGCGGCUCCAAGGUCAGAGGCCGCACCUGUGCUUCAAUCGUCCACCACGGUCGAUUAAGCUAAGGAAGUAUUGGAAGGCGUCAGAAUGGGAGGCAUGGCUACUUUAUUACUGCCUGCCGUGCCUGAGGGAUAUCCUUCCAGAGGAGCUUCUCGAGCAUUUUGCGCUCCUUGUUUCUGGACUUUACAUCUUGCUGCAGAACCAUGUCACGCUGGAAGACGUCGAUACAAGCACUACCAAGAUCACAAAGUUUGUCGUGCUGAUGCAAUAUCAUUAUGGAGAAGCACAGAUGACAUCCAACGUUCACACGUUGCUGCACUUGCCAAAGAGUGUAUUGCUGCACGGCCCACUCUGGUCACUAUCGUGCUUCGAGUUUGAGAACAACAUGGGGCACCUGCUCAAGCUGGUGUCCUCUUCGAAUGGAAUUCCGUUCCAAAUCCUGUCCCGCAUUCUGUUGAGGAACAACUAUCAUCAGUUGCGAUCCAUGGCCUCCGAAGAGGUGAGGAAGCAGUGCUCCCAAAAAAUGCCUGACAGGGAAACAGAGAUCAGGCUACUUGGGAAACCUCAACCAGCCUCUCAAGACGUGACAGACUUUGUACUGGAGCACCUGACAGGAGUGGACAAAAUCGAGGAGUACCAUCGUGUGUCUGUGGGUGGAUGCACCAUCCACAGUGAACAGUACAAGCCUCUAUCAAAACGGGACUCCACUGGUAUAAAGCUAGGAGACGUCUAUGCGAAGGUGGCGAAUAUAGUGCGUGUUUGCAAGUUCGGUGGGAGCUUGGAGCUUUUCGUUAUCUCCCAUGUGUACCAGGUCGAAGCAAUGGGAGAGGUCGAUCACCUAAAAGUCGCACACAAGACUGCUCAGAAGAGCUUGCAUCCACUGUCCCAAGCCGUUCGCCCAUGCAUGUACCUGCAGAUCGAUGACACAGAGAUUUUUGCAGAAUUGUGCAACCGCUAUGGUUCAUUUUAAACAACCUUCAGGUUGUCUCCCAAAUUACCUCUUUCCGAUCCCGACUUUUUCAGGUUAUCCUUGACUAUUUUGAUAAAAUGCCCUGACCAUUUCUUUGGUCAAAGAAGAUGUUUGACCAGCCUAUUGGCAUGACAAACCAAUAGCCGCUAACCUUCUUGUGCUUGUGGCUCUUUCCAUUUAAUCAGGCAGUGGCAUUUCAGGCAACGCUACUUGGCACUGCCAUGCCGAUACAUGACAAUCUGGUUUCAUUGCACACCGCCACGCCACUUUCACUGGUAGUUUUCCUCCCAUUAGCUAGCUCUUUGGGGGUUUCCCCGAUAUUUCCCUGGCUUUUCUUGAUCCAAUGUUCCCUGACAAUCUCGGCUUUUCCAGGUUGGUAGACACCCUGACCCUGUUAUGUCGGGGUAACAGGUGAUUUCACAUAGAGAGGUACCAGUGAACAUCCCUUCUUUAUUUGUUUCAUGGAAAGUAAACUUCAACUGUAGUAAGCAACGUCUGCCCGCAUUUUCAACCUGCGCGUGAAACUGUGUCCACCAACCUAAAAACUUGUAAUUAGGGAAUUUCAGAUCACCUGGUAAAGUCAAAGAAUUACCGGAUUUCGUUGGCUAAAUCAGGGAAAAUGACCAGUGCAAGUGGCACGGCAGUGCAGAAAGAGACGCAGCAGUCGUGCGUCAGCAUGGCCGUGCUGAAUAUUGCCAGACACACCAAGCAAAGAAACAGUCAGAAAAUUUUAUCGAAAUGGUCACGAAAAACCUAAAAAGUCUGCGUUUUUUAAAGUAAGUGCGAAGAGUAACGUGAUUUCAACACGAUCAGGAGCAGCACAAAUGUAAUCAACUGCCUCCUACAGUGCUUAAUGUGCCAAAAUAAAUAGAUUGAACAGAGAUAUAUUAGGAAUAAUUUGGCAGUCCUGCACACUCAGGUUCAUAUGCUACACAAUCAUGUUUUAAACAAAAUAUCUAGUUGUACAAAGAGCAUUCUCCAACUCACAAAUAUUUGUAUCACCAACAACUACCUCCAAAUUCCAAUCUUUUAUGAAAGAUCUUUGUAAGUUGCUAUUUUUUUACUUUGUCUGCAUUCUUUUUUUUUGUAGAUAUGGUUGGUUUAUUUUGUUCUAUAUGAGAUGCCCCCUCAUUGUUACAUUGUUCCUCUUGUUAACCUUAAAUUGUAUAUAUGGUAGUAAUUACGCUGAAAAUUGUCCUGGCAGAAGUGAAACAAAGAUAUACCAUUCAACAAACGAGCAUUGUGUUUGUUGUCAUUUUCGGAAUCAUCUGUUUAGUUGACAAACAGAAGUUUUACU